AUGCGAAGCAAAGAUACUGACCGACAGGGAAGCGUGAUCGUCACACAUGUCGGGGACGGUGUGCAAGAAACCUCCGGGCGAUUCUCCACCCUCAUUGGGAGAGUUGGCCUUGCCAACAAGGCCGUCGCCGCAAACGUGGGCAGGGGUACUAGCACGGAAUCGCUCGGCGUCGCCCAGCAGCCGAGAAAGCUGCGGUCGCUUUCCGCGGCAGCACUGGAGGAUGAGGUGACCGAGGAAGAAAUCUGUGAGGUACGACGGCGCUGCAAGAGGAUGAUGGUUGCCUCGGAAGCUGCCGGGGGGACGAGUUCCCCCGCUAACGCCCGAGAAGCGCUGCUGACCGCGGUGUUCGAAGCGCACCCGGACCUUGACGGAAGAGACCUUGACAACUACAUGGCGGUUCGAGGCUUGGAGCCCGCCGAGGAGGUGGAUCCGGAGAGAAUACGAGAGCUCGCCGUGGCAUUGUUUCUCCUGAGCAGAAGGCGGCCCUUGACGUUUGACGGCGUGGUUCGCGUCGCGUACACCAUUUUCGACGAAGACGGGGAUGGAGAAAUCGACAGAAAAGAGUUUCAGCGGCUGAUGAAAGCCACCCUGAGGACACACCUUACGUUGGAAUUCGUGCUCCGGCUUCCUGCUGGAAAAGAGGCGUUUUUGCGGCACCUCAAGGACGAGUACGCCGAAGAGAACUUUUACUUCUGGCAAAGCUCGGACCAGUUUGCGUCGUCUAUUCCUACGUUGGCCAAGGCUCAGACCCUGUACGACGGGUACAUUCGUGAAGGGGCGCCGAAACAGGUGAACAUUAGCGCCUCCACGAGGAAAGGGAUAAGAGAAAAGUGGCAAGCUGUUCAGCACGGGGAGGCUCCGCUUACAAGAAAGCUCUUCUCUAAGGCCCAGGAUGAGGUGUUCCACCUCAUGUAUCGGGACAACUUUGGACGUUUCCAAAAGAGCGCCAAGAGCAUGGAGGACUUCGUGAAUUGCAUGUUCAAGGAAGUCGAUCGUUCCCACGACGGAACCAUCAGUCUCUCUGAAUACAUGGAGUGGGCCACCAAGAACAGGGAUGUGAUGCGGUUCAUGAGGGCGACCGGUGGAGAAGUUGCCGUAAUCCGACGACUUUCUUCCUCAAGAAAUCCACUAGGUGCAAAGACAAGUUUGGUUGCCAUCGAAGUACGUUUUUGCUGUUUCGCUGUUGGUGGUACGCGAUCACUUGCUGCUCUGUCGUCGAUGUUGUCGUUGCUGCGUUGA